ACAGUUCUUUAGAUUCCAACAGAGAGGAAAAAAAAAAUUAACAAUGGAGGUGAAGGAUAUGGUGUUCAUGAACAAAGGAGAUGGAGAAAACAGCUAUGUCCAGAGUGCAGGAUUGACGGACAAGCUGGCAGCCGUGGCACAGCCGAUGGUUUACAAGGUAGUCGAGUCUGUGUUGAAAGAAAAGUUCUGUUCGAGCCCCGGCGAAGUACUUUUCAACGUGGCUGACUUGGGUUGUUCUUCGGGUCCCAACACUUUCACGGUGAUGUCGACGGUGUUAGAGAGCGUGGCGAAGAAUUGCGGUGGAUCGGAAUGUCAGAUGUCGGAAAUCCAGUUUUACCUGAAUGAUUUGGUGGGGAAUGAUUUUAACACACUGUUCAAAGGGUUGUCUGUCAUUCAAGAAAAAUAUAAGGAUGUUCCACGGUUUGCCAUGGGUGCUCCUGGUUCCUUUUAUGACAGGCUUUUCCCUCGGAACUCCAUGCAUCUUGUGCAUUCGUCUUAUGGGAUACAUUGGCUCUCUAAGGCACCAAAAAUCACAUGUGAAAGAGGGUUACCACUAAACAAGGGGAGUAUCCACAUAUCAGAAACCAGCCCUCUUAAAGUAAGAAAGGCAUACCUUUCUCAAUUUCAAGAAGAUUUCCUUUUGUUCUUGAAAUGUCGAUCACCAGAGAUGGUACCUAACGGACGCAUCCUCUUCACAAUUAAUGGAAGGAAAUCUGGGGAUCCCAUAGGCAAAGAAAGUCUGUACCACUUUGAACUCCUAUCCAGGGCCAUAUCUUACAUGGUUUCGAAGGGAUUGAUUGAUAAAGACAAAUUAGAUUCCUUCAAUGCACCAACCUUCACUCCAUCCCAAGAAGAAGUUGAGGAUUUAGUGGAGAAAGAGGGUUCUUUCACCGUUGAGUUCAUAGACACAAUCAAAGUGGAGGUUGGGGAAGCAUGGGCGAGUGCAGAAUCGAGAGCCAAAAACGUGAGAGCAUUUUCUGAACCAUGGAUCUCACACCAGUUUGGAGAGGAAAUAAUGGACAAGUUAUAUGAGAAGGUGACACAAAUUGUGGUUGAAGAUUACAAGUUGGGAAAACAAACAACCAUGGUUGUCAAUAUUGUUGCUGUGCUGAAAAAGAAAGACAUCUGACCCUGAAACUUGUGUCAUUCAGGGUAUUCGAUAGUAUAUUGAUUUGCCAAGGAAUAAGGUGAAAAUACCAAUUGA